AUGGGAGUAGAAGAGGCGGCAGACGCCUAUGGCCGUCGCGAGGGCUACUUCAUCGACCAUCAGUCCCAUGCUUUCAGCUUCAAGGAAGCCCUGAGAAUUCUCCAGCUGAAAGCUACGAGCGGCAUCAUCCACCAGCCAGACCUCACAGCGGCCUCUUUCCCGCUCACCAAAAUCAAGUUCGGCAGCGGGGAUGACCCCGUUGCUUGUCGACGCGCCGAGGAUCUUUGCCGCACAGCGUCCAACAAGCGUCCGAUGCUGUUUCUUUCCGAAUUUUCAUUUGUCAGAGACAGCGACAUUCGACUUGAGCUACCUGAGCUGACGAGCAAUCCGGACGGCGAUGUCGAAGAGUACGUCCGAAUGGUGCGAUCUAGGUUGGCCAGCAACCUCUCUACUCAGUGGCUGCCUCUGAGCCCAACCAAGGUCGAGAAGGAUGAAGGCCUCCAGUUCCCGAAGCACGCAAGCAGAUUGCGAGCGCUGCUCCUCAGAGAACUCGAUUGCGAAAGGGUGCCAGACUCAGGUGAAAGUGUUCUGCUUGACGACCCCGAACACCCCUCUAUCCUGGGUCAGCUGCCGAACACAUACGUCAAUGGGCAUAGAUCUCACUCUCAGCGCAGCACACCACCUCUCACGCCAUUGGCUGAGGAGGCCGGUCCUUACAUACCGAGUACAGAGGCUUGUCAGAUUGACUUCACCUCUGAACCACAAAGCCCCUCCAGAUCAUCCGAAGCCCGGUUCAGAGACCGCCUGGAGAUUGGGCAACUCGAUUCUGAUAUUGCCUCUGCUGCUUCUUUGACUGCAUCGCCCGGCUUACCUGUCUUUCACCCAGGCAGGGCCGUGAACCCUAGGGACUUGAUGUUGGAUGAGCCAAUAGUUGACAAAAGGGUCAACGGUAUCUCUGUUGCGAAAGGAGAAACAUAUCCGUCUGAAGACCUACCCGUCUUGGAAUUAUGUGAGGAAGAUGUCAUCAUAGAUGAUCAGCCAGCUGAUGGUUACUUUGACGAGGCUUUCGCAGCAAUCCUGGAGGACCGUCGCUCUGCGUGUAUGAGGACAGUCGAGCAGGAACGCUUCGACCCCGUAGACUCGAUCGCGCGGAUCAGAGUACCCCCCAUGGGGUUUAUGAUUCCUCCACCUCUGUGGAAGCAGCAUACGCAGGGGAGCCGACAGAUGUUUGAGUGGGUUCUGAACGACGCUGCCUGGGUACAGUCGGCUCAAUAUCACCCAAUGUCCAAAGAUUACGACUCGAUGCUCGGAUGGGCACCAUUCGCGCCGACUGCAGGUGCUCGACGAAAAGAGGUAACAUUACCUCCGGCCCACGAGGCAGACAUCUCGCUCACGCCUACGACGGGCCUUAUCGUCACCACUCUGCUCAAAGUAAAACAGCGAUCACUGCCCAACGCCAAAGCCCUCCCUCAGCUGCGGGAACGAGUGCUCGGGGUCUCACGAAAGUACGAGUCCCUCAUUGUCUUGGUGUCGGAGGGCAACACAGCUGGCGAGUAUGCCAAUGACCACCCGUCGUCGGACAUGAAGGCAUACGCCGAGUUUGUGCGGUUCGCCUCUGCUCUGCAGGCUGGGGUCACCGUGCACUUGGUUCCCGGAGCUGAGGGCAUCCUGGCCAAGUGGGUGCUCAAGUUCAUGUGCGAGCACUCUCCUCGCAAUCGCGAGGUUUCCAUGUUUAUCCAAGCACAGGAAACAUCAUGGGAGAUAUACUUCCGCCGAGGUGGCAUGAACGUGCUGGCAGCUCAGGUCACGGCGGGAGUACUUCAUCAGAGAAUGGGCAAUCAAGGACUGGCUGAUUUUGUGGCCAUGUCCGUAGAGCAGCGAAUAGCCACGUACGGGUCGUUUUUGGGCGGGCCAAAGCUGUUGGCGAAAUUCAGUAACACGCUAGAUCAAUCAUGUGAGUGA